CGUUUCAGUAGCAUCCCCCCCGCCCCCAACGUGGACGCGCAUACUGCACUAUCGCAGACGAAAAGGAAAGCGCAAAGAAGCUUUCCUCUCUUUCCACCCAGCAGUUGGAUCAUUUUGGACAAUGCUUCGCUGCGAAGCGUAAAGCCAGGCACGCUCGUCUUGCUGUUUUUUGACUGGGUUUUCGCAGCGCGAGGAACUAGCCGCCACCCCUCUUAUCUCUCCAACUGCCGCCGCCGCUGCUAAACGCUGCUUCGCCUUAGCAGGGUUUACCUCCAGUUGAUUGCAGAGACGUAGCGGCCUCGGACAAUAAUUACGCGUAGAAGUUUUAACCAUUGCUUUAUUUCACGCCUCCCCUCUCCCAGGGCACUCGGUUAUGGGAAUACGGUGCUAAGAAAAGUGAAAAGUGGGAGACGGAGUAGCACUACUCUCGGCAAGACUCGAAGGAAGACUGGGAUAAAACCCAGAAAUGAAGAAAACCCAGCCAACAGCGACCACAGAAACUACGGAAACACAGUGACAGAUGGAAUGGAGACUGUGCCAAGAAUACAGUAUGGAAAACAAAGAAAUAAGCGUGAGUGUUUGUGAGCCGUGAAGGGGGUAAGGAGGGGUGGGUUUAUCCUUGAUUUUGGAGGUUUCAGAGGGAGUGGUGGCGUUCUGAGGAUCGGCAGACGGCACCAACAUGUAUUCUCUCGGUCUGCCUCCCAGAAAUAGUGUGUUUGCACAGCUGACCACCGUCAGAAGCAUCGUUUCUUUGGAAACAUUGUGUACUACACAGACAUUUUUACUACCAGUGCAUCUUUUAACUACAGUACACAGAAGAGACAACAGAGGCAUUGGUCUGAGGAAGCAGCUGUCCUUCAGAAGGGAACUGCCCUGAAGCAUGACCACCUGUCACUGGAGAGAGUCAGAAUAGCGUGCCCCAGUGAUUCUCAUGGGCAGCAUGUCAUCCCCUUUCUAGCUCCACCAAGGGCCCAAACACACCCAUCUGCCAGCUUGGAUAACCCUCGGGCUGCUCAUAACACAUGUUUGACUUGAUUGGAUUUGACCGCAGCACUUUCCCAAGCAGCCCCUAUCUGCAUCAUGCAGUGGCGACGGCGACACUGCUGCCCCAUCAAGAUGACCUGGAACAUCAAGAGGUCACUCUUCCGCACACAUGUAGUGGGCCUGCUGUCGCUGGCGUUGCUCUUCACGAUCUUCCUUUUCUUCAGCCACCAAGACUGGCUGCCCGGUCGACUCGGAGUCAGAGAGAACCCGGUGGCCUACACGAUGCGUGGCUUGCGUCCCGUCAAAGAGCGCGUCGAGGGCAAUCAAAGCUCGCUGCGGGGUCUCUGGAAGGACACAGCUUACGCAGCCGCCAAGCCGCCCGUGAACUUCAGCUCUCACCAAUCUGAGGUUUCCAGUCAAGGCAUGGUAGGACUGGACAGCUCUCUUAGUGCUAACAACACUAACACCAACAGCCUGCACAGGGAGAUGGGUGUGGGGGGACAGCUGGCGCCUCAGCCAUACCGCUAUGUGCUCAAUGAGCCCUAUAAAUGUCGAGACAGCAGCACCUUUCUGAUUCUGCUUAUUGCAGCAGAGCCAGGGCAGGUGGAGGCCAGGAAUGCCAUCAGGCAAACGUGGGGGAACGAGAGUGUGGCGAUGGGCCUGGGCUUCGUGAGGCUCUUUCUGCUGGGAAUGGCGAGCAGCCGCAGUGGCUAUCCUCAGAGCGCCAUUAAGGAAGAGAGCUUGCAGCACCACGAUAUUAUACAGCAGGAGUACAUGGACACCUACUACAACCUUACCAUCAAGACAUUGAUGGGCAUGAACUGGGUCGCAGAGUACUGCCCACAAGCCCGUUAUGUCAUGAAGACAGACAGCGACAUGUUUGUCAAUACAGAAUAUUUAAUUCAAAAGUUGCUGAAGCCAGAGCUGCUAUCCCGUCACAACUACUUCACAGGCUACCUAAUGCGAGGCUACGCACCCAAUCGCAACAAAGACAGCAAGUGGUACAUGCCUCCAGAACUCUAUUCAAGUGAAAGGUACCCCAUAUUCUGUUCGGGGACAGGUUAUGUGUUCUCUGGAGACAUGGCAGAAAAGAUAUACAAGGCCUCAUUGAGUAUACGACGCUUGCACCUUGAGGACGUCUACGUUGGGAUCUGCUUGGCCAAACUGCGCAUUGACCCAGUACCACCACCGAAUGAGUUCCUCUUCAACCACUGGAGAGUGUCCUACUCCAGCUGCAAGUACAGCCAUCUGAUCACUUCACACCAGUUCCAGCCCAGUGAGCUCAUUAAGUACUGGAACCACUUGCAGAGCAACAAGCACAAUGCUUGCAUUAACAUGGCUAAGGAGAAGAGUGGGAGGUUGCGUCAUAGGAAGCUGCACUGGGAAAAUCUCCGGUGAUGACCACAAGCCAGGGUUUGGGGUACCCCAGUGUAUUAGAAGCAUGUUUUGAAAUUCAGCACUAUAUAUAGGAAACAGCACAGUGUUUUUGGUAUUGUGUACAGUCAAUUAAAGCUAUUUUUUUAAUUUGAGAGAUGUCAUGUAUUGUACAUCUGUUGAACUCUUUUUGAAAAAGGAUGUGAGGUCCAUGUUUAUGUGCAAUAUAUAGCAUGCACAAAAAUAUAAAAGGUGAGAUCACCAUUUUUCAGGUGCCAAAACAAAUUUUUGACACAUUACAAGGGUGUCAAUUUUCUCUCUAAAUCUUGUAUUAAUAUGGGGCCAAUUUGAUCAUAUUUCUGUAGAAGACACUGGAACUCACAAUUGGUAUAUUCUUAAGAUUAUACAUUUAUUUCUUUAAGGUGCUGUCAAAGAUAUAUACCCCUGACUUUUAAAUACCAAAUGAUCUUCAUUAUUUCAAUCUACCUUAACCUGCAAGUGGUUUACAAGAAACAAACCAAAUCUCAUACCAUAUGUAAAAUUAAAGCAGAAUAUAUAAAUUAUAAACACCAUCUGUACCGUUAGAGAUAAGAUUGUAUUUUUCAAAGCUUUACAUUGACCAGUAUUGGUCUACCCUUAAUGAGGGCAAAAUUAAAGUUAUUUAUUAAAUGUAUUUCCUUCUCAU